AUGACUAGAGGUAACAUGAUGGAGACGAGCAGCUGUGCUGACCCAGAGAUUGACACAGGGAAGGCAGUUUGCCAACCGCAGGGUUUUGUGAAAACAACAGUGAAAGUGAGAUUUGGUGACAGUGUUUUCACGGUAGACAAAGAUGUCCUGGAGCAACACUGUGAAUACUUUCGGGCUCUUUUCCAGUCUGGGAUGAAGGAAUGUCAACAGGAUGAAAUUUGCCUCAAGGCACUGAGUGCCCAUGGAUUCCUGGUCGCCCUCCGUGUGAUACAUGGAGAGAAACCCAUCCUGAGUGGAGAUGAAAUUGUUGAAGCCAUUGAGUGUGCAGUUUUCCUUCAGAUAGAGAUUCUAACCAAGCAUCUCAUAAACAUCAUCAAUUCAGACAAUUGCCUGCUCAUGUAUCACACAGCAGCUACUUUUGGGUUACUGAAGCUCUUGCAGAGUGCUGCUUUGUUCAUUCGAGACAUGCAUCAAGACCUCAAAGAAGAUGUAAAGUGUUUGCCUGAGGAUUUGAUAGAAUAUGUAGAGUCUCUUAUUCCUAGUACGUAUGUCACUGUUGGUACUCACUCUCCAACCAUCAAGCUGCUGCAGGACUUUAUGAGGACGGUUUGUUACCUUGAUGAAGAUGAGAAAGAUUGGAAGGUCCUCACCCACUUGCCUCUCAAUGCCAGCACUACCAUGGCAGGCGUUACGGUCUUAGACAACAAGCUCUAUAUAGUUGGAGGAGUCUAUGACAUUACCAACAAAGUUGUGGACUCUGGUUUCUGCUAUGACGUAUCUAAUGACACUUGGAGCACAUUUUCUAGCCCACAACAACUUCGCUACAACUGCUCCCUGGUCGGCCAUGAGGACACCCUCUAUAUCAUUGGUGGUGAGCAUAAUAAAACCAUAAUGUCCUCUGUAGAGAAGUACAAAGUCUCCACGGACACUUGGAGCUUUGCUGCCCAUCUACCAAGACCUGCUGCUGCCGUUGCUUGUGCCAUGACCAUGAGCAGAUUGUUCAUCUGUCUCUGGAGACCCAAGGAUGCUACAGAGAUUUUUGAGUACAUUGUAAAUAAGGAUGAGUGGACGUUAACCACGACACUUGUUAGGCAUCAAAGUUAUGGCCAUUGUAUGGUGGCCCACAGGGACAAUUUAUAUGUAAUGAGGAAUGGGCCAUCUGAUGAUUUUUUGAGGUGCAUGAUGGACUGUUACAAUUUGACCUCAGGUCAGUGGACGGCCAUGGCAGGGCAGUAUGAAAAUAGUAAGGGAGCUUUGUUCACCGCAGUAGUGCGAGGUGACUCUGUUUUCACAGUGAACCGCAGAGCAACAGUGGAAUAUGCCAUAGAGGACAACAAAUGGAGGACAAAAAAAGAGAUGUCAGGGUUUCCGAGAAUCGGCUCAAUGUGGACUUUUCUCUUGAGACUGCCAAAAAAAAGCAGUGAGAUUUUGGAAAGGAAAGUUAAUGGACAAAAGAUUUCAUUUGACCUUCUUUCAAACUCUUCUGCACUAUGUGCUGAUUGUUAAGCGAUACCUUUUUUUGAAUACAUGCACAUUUCAUAUAAAUAGAUUCCUAGAAUUAAAUCUAAUCUGAUAUAUUCCAGUGCCUUAUUUGAAUUGAGA